AUGAGCGAGAUCACCCACCCCACCAUCAAGGAUGGCUGGUUCCGUGAGAUCUCCGACAUGUGGCCCGGCCAGGCCAUGACCCUCAAGGUCAACCAGGUCCUCCACCACGAGAAGAGCAAGUACCAGGACGUGCUCAUCUUCGAGUCCUCCGACUACGGCACCGUCCUCGUCCUCGACAACGUUAUCCAGUGCACCGAGCGCGACGAGUUCUCUUACCAGGAGAUGAUCACUCACCUGGCCAUGAACUCGCACCCCAACCCCAAGAAGGUGCUUGUCAUUGGCGGCGGUGACGGUGGUGUUCUCCGCGAGGUUGUCAAGCACGACUGCGUCGAGGAGGCCAUCCUGUGCGACAUUGACGAGGCUGUCAUCCGCCUCUCCAAGAAGUACCUGCCCGGCAUGAGCGUCGGCUUCCAGCACCCCGCCGUCCAGACCAUCGUCGGCGACGGCUUCAAGUUCUUGGCCGACCGCCAGAACGAGUUCGAUGUCAUUAUCACCGACUCCUCCGACCCCGAGGGCCCUGCCGAGUCCCUCUUCCAGAAGUCCUACUUUGAGCUGCUCAACGGCGCCCUGCGCGAGGGUGGUGUCAUCACCACGCAAGGUUCCGAGAACCAGUGGCUCCACAUGCCCCUCAUCGCCAAGCUCAUGAAGGACUGCAAGGAGGUCUUCCCCACCGUCGAGUACGCCUACACCACCAUCCCCACCUACCCCUCGGGCCAGAUCGGCUUCAUGGUCUGCUGCAAGGACGCCAACCGCGACGUCAAGAAGCCCGUCCGCUCCUGGUCCACCGAGGAGGAGGAGAAGCUGUGCAAGUACUACAGCAAGGAAAUCCACGAGGCUUCCUUCGUUCUGCCCAACUUUGCUCGCAAGGCUCUGAGGCAAUAG